UCUAAAAACCCAGUGAAACCGGAAAUGUCAACGAAUGACUACGAAGCUGCGAAGUACAUCUGCACUUUAUAGUACAUGAUGGAUUGCUAAAUUUUAUGAAGAAACAGUAGUAUAAGGUCGUCAAAGAGAAAACUGCGAAUAUGACAAAUGUGUACUCUUUCGAUGGCAUCGUGGUGUUUGGGCUGCUGUUCAUCUGCACUUGUGCGUACCUCAAAAAGGUGCCUCGUCUCAACAGCUGGCUGCUGUCAGAGAAGAAAGGCGUGUGGGGUGUUUUCUACAAAGCUGCAGUAAUUGGGACACGACUUCACAUUGCCGUGGCGCUUUCCUGCCUGGCCAUGGCUUUCUACGUGGUCUUCUUGAAAUGAUAGACCCAAACUGGACUGAAAAAGGGACUGGACGGGUGCAGGCUGAGUCGAACUCAUCUAAGUGGUCAUGUGUCAAUCCUUGUUGUGGGACACCUCUUGGAUUAUAUGACCGAUGAAGUCCUGUUGCCCUGGGCACCUGUGUAUAGGACAUGCCAGUGCUGCACCCUCCUGGUGACGGGCAAUAUAACUCCUCCCUUAAUAAUGUGUGCACUACAGACAUGAAGGGCAUCCUGAAUCUACUCCACAGUUAUUACAGAGGAGAGAGCCUGUUGGGUCACAUGGUUUCAUUCUGUUGUUGAAAUACACUGUUUGUUGUCUCCAUCCACACCCCGUAAUUCUCUAUAUUAAAGGAUGCAGGAUAUGGAGGAACAGUGUAUGAAAGGUGUAGGAUAAUGCAUUUUACCUUGUACCUGUACACAAACAUAAAUUAGCCUAGCUGUGUAUAUUUGGAAAAAUAAAACCAAUAAAGGUUUCCCAGAGGUUAUUUGUGAUCAAUCUGAACAUGAUCAAAUCUGCUUGCUCCCAGAAAUGUUUUUUCCUGUGUCAGAAGUAGAGGGGAAGAAAACAAAGCUAAUAUAUAUAUAUAUAUAUAAAGGUGUUCUUCUGUACACUAUAUUUUACUUUAUUGUAUCUCUUAUAUUUUGUUAACAGUGCUGUUUAUCAUCUCUGAAAAUGUUCACAUUUGAGUCACACUUUGCACAGGUGUAUAUUUUAUUUACUCUGAAUCAAAUCUUGUAAUUGUAUACUGGAAAACAUGUUUUUACUGUCAAAAAUUGUAAACUGUAAAUCCCUUAAGAGUCAAAAAUAAUAACUGUAAAACAGGCAUAUCUUUGCAUUUUUGGACAAUUAGAUAACUACAGCAGACUUGCCUAUCGAUAAAUGCAAUGCCAAAUAUGGAUGGCGUGUUUUAUGUCAUCUUAAUUAAAUGCUGUUACUUUUAGUUUACUAUUGCCACAUCGCAUUUUUUAUUACUAGAAGAAAUUGUUUUAAGAAGGGUUGCAAUGCAAUUUUGAUUAAAAUGUUGAUCAGAUAUUUUCUGUGUCUUGACUUUAAAAACAAAUGAUAAACACUUAUUAAAC